AUGGCGGAGUACAGCUCUCUGCUCAGCGACCUGUCUGAAAACAUCACCAACGAGGACCUGGAGCAGCUGAAGUCGGCCUGCAAGGAGGACAUCCCCGAGGACCAGAGCAACGAGAUCACCUCCUCCAAGGAGUGGUUCGGCUACCUGGAGAAGAACGACAAGCUAGCCCAAGACAACCUGUCGUACAUCGAGCACAUCUUCGAGAUCUCGCGGCGACCGGACCUGCUGACGAGGGUGAUCGAGUAUCGCACCACCGUGCUCAAGAUCUCCGAGGACGACGAGAUCGAAACCAAGCUCACGCGCAUCCCCUCGGCCAAGAAAUACAAAGACAUCAUCCGCCAGCCCUCUGAAGAUGAGAUCAUCAAGUUGGCCCCGCCCCCUAAAAAGGUGUGAGGUCGCGACCCGCAACCCCGAUCUUUUGCACCUUGAGUUCUUCACUCCCGACCGUUUCCUGACCGACCCCAUCGCAACCCCACCUCACACACACACACACACACACACACACAUCAAGCCACGCCCCCUUCUUGCACUAACACAAGCCAUGACUGACCAACCAAUCGGAUUGUAGCGACGCAGCAUCUUCCCAAGCUGAGGGGAGGUGCGGAAGAAGUGAGACAUUAGAAGAAGAAACCUGGAGACGGAGCGACAGCGUACGUGUGUGAGGGGGAGAGAGAGAGAGAGAGAGAGGGAGAGAGAGAGAAAGAGAAAGAGAGGGAGAGAGAGAGAAAUAGAUCAGAAUGAGUGUAACCUGUAAAGACUGUUCGAUCUGUGAUGCUGUGCUUAUGCAACUGUGUGUGUCUGUGUGUGUCUGUGUGUGUGUGUGUCAGUGAAGUUAAUUAUAGUUAUGGACGAUGACGACAUCACUAAUAAUUUGAAACGACAAAACCCCGCCUUAAAAAAAAAAAAAGUUAGCAGCGAAUCAAAAUGUCAACAUUUCAGAAAAACAUUUCAGAAACUGGUAACCAUAGCAACAGUAGGCCGGAUGCAUUGUUUUGCAGACGUAACAAAUGCCGGAUAAUUCAGCAGAAGUCAAUUUUAAUAUGUGGAAGAGUUGACAGGAUAUUAAAUGAAAAUAAAAUGUAAUAGUUUAUAUUCUCAGAAACAUUUGUUGAAACAUGACGUGAAAGUGAUGUCACGUGACUUCAGGGUCCUUGUUCCCGCGUGCAGCUCCUCUAACACAGCAGGUGUGUUUUUAAUGUGAAAGACUUUAAUAUUCACGUCUGUCUUUUGUCUCGAGGAAGAAAGAACUUCACAAAAAGGUCAAAAUAUUCCCUUAAAGUCAAAACUUCAAUAAGUCCAGUCGGCCUCUUUGAGCCACAGCUGUUCUUAAACUCAACUUUAAG